UGCCCGCCCCUUCAGGCCCUGCCCCCGCCGGUACCGCCGCCGGUGCCGUCGGUGCCGCCGCCGCCGCCGAUAUGGCGCGUACGGCCCCUGUGGAGCCCCCGCUGGGGCAUUCCGCAGCCCCCUCGCCGGCCGCGGGUGAGCCCCGCACCUCGGUCGAGGCGGCGGUGGCUCCGCGGAGGGUGCUGUUCGCCGACGAGGCCUUAGGGCUGCCGCUGGCGCAGCUGCGCCGCUACCGGCCGUGGGGCGGGCCUGGGGCGGGCAAGAUGGCGGCGGCGGCCGGGCAAGAUGGCGGCGGCAGCGGGGCCGACGAGGACGACGAUGGCGAGGAUGGGGAUGAAGGGGAGGAGGAAGAGGAGGCUUGCCCCGAGCCCUCACCGCUGUGCCCCGUCCCCGCUGGCGGGGGGUUUUACCUGGUCCCCACAUUUUCGCUGCCGCCCGCACCGGGCCGUCUGGAGCGCUUGGGGCGCGUCAUGGUGGAGCUGGAGGCGCUGCUGCCGCCUCCCGGAGCAGUCCCCGGGGGUGCCGGGGUGUGGGUGCCUGGGGGCCGCCCGCCGGUGCUGCGCGGGUUGGUACGCGUGCUGAACCGCUCCUUCGAGAAGGCGGUGCACGUGCGGGCCUCACACGACGGCUGGGCUUCCUUCUGCGACCACCCAGCGCGCUACGUCCCGCGCAGCCCACCGUGGGCAGGAGCGGGAGGAACAGGAGCAGGAGAUCCCAUCCUGGAUCCGGGGCUCGGCCUGGGCCCCGGCCAGGCAUCCGCCUCCUCGCCCGACGACGGCGGCCGCACCGACCGCUUUGCCUUCCAGCUGCCCUUUGCUGAGGGCGCGGGCGAUGGGGCGCGCCUCGACUUCGUGGUGCGCUAUGAGACCCCCGAGGGCACUUUCUGGGCCAACAACCACGGCCGCAACUACACAGUCCUGCUCCGGAUCGCACCCGCUCCCACACCCACUGAUGCCGAAGGGCUGCCCCAGCAGCAGCAGCUGCCACAGCUGGAGCCACAGCCCGAGUGCCAGGGUCCCGUGGAGGCUGAGGCCAGGCAGCUGAAGAGCUGCAUGAAGCCGAUGAGGCGCAGGCCUGCCGAGGAGGAACUGAAGACGAAGAACAUGGAUGAUAACACCCCUGCCGUGGCAGAGCAUCCUGAUGUCCAGGAGUCAGUGGGUCCACUGGUAGCCCCCACCCCUCUCCGUCCGUGGCCCCAGAUGACACUUCAGGUUUCUGACGUUCCGAUGACUGGCAACCCCGCAGAAGAAGGUGAUGUCCCCAGAAGCAGUCCACCUGUGGCUUUUACAGAGGUCCUCCAGGCACCGGCCAUCAGGAUUCCCCCCUCCUCCCCUCUCUGUGGCCUGGGUGGCUCCCCCAGAGACCAGGCCUCAGGGCCCGAUGCGAGUGAGGGGGCCACCGGGCCUUUCCUGGAGCCCAGCCAGCAGCAGGCAGAGGCCACAUGGGGAGUAUCGAGCGAGAAUGGAGGGGGGCUGGAGGCUGUGAGUGGGUCAGAGGAGCUGCUCGGUGAGGACACCAUCGACCAGGAGCUGGAGCAGCUCUACCUGUCUCACCUGAGCCGCCUACGGGCUGCUGUGGCUGCGGGUGGGGCAGGGGGUGGUGGAGAGGGCUCCACAGAUGGAGGGAUGUCCCCCAGCCAUCCCCUGGGCAUACUGACGGACCGCGACCUGAUCUUGAAGUGGCCUGGCCCUGAGCGGGCCCUGAACAGCGCCCUGGCUGAGGAGAUCACGCUGCACUAUGCCCGACUGGGGCGUGGCGUGGAGCUCAUCAAGGACACCGAAGACCCUGAUGAUGAAGGGGAGGGUGAAGAGGGGCUCUCUGUUACACCCUCCAGCCCGGAAGGGGACAGCCCCAAGGAAUCGCCUCCGGAAAUCCUCUCCGGGGCCCGUUCUGUGGUAGCCACUAUGGGAGAUGUGUGGCUCCCAUGGGCAGAGGGCUCAGGAUGUGACGGCCCUGUGGUUCUGGGUACAGAGGGUCAGUUCACUGGGGAUCCUGAGAAAGGGAUGGGCAAGGACAUCAGCUCUUUGCACAUGAAUAGGGUGAUAGCUGGGGUGACUGAGUCCCUGGGGGAGGCUGGGACAGAAGCCCAGAUAGAGGUCACCAGUGAGUGGGCAGGUAGCUUGGAUUCCAUAUCUGGCAAGGAGCCAGCCUCUCCCGUCCUUUUGCAGGGGCAAAAUCCCACCCUCCUCAGUCCCUUGGGGGCCGAAGUCUGUCUCUCUAGUGUAGCCAGGCCUCAUGUGAGCUCCCAGGAUGAAAAGGAUGCAGGCCCAAGCCUUGAACCCCCAAAGAGGUCUCCCACCCUAGCAGUCCCUGCAGAAUGUGUGUGUGCACUGCCUCCUCAGCUCCGGGGGCCCUUGACCCAGACUCUGGGGGUCCUGGCCGGGCUAGUGGUGGUCCCUGUGGCUCUGAACAGUGGUGUGUCCCUCCUGGUGCUUGCGCUGUGCCUCUCUCUGGCUUGGUUCUCGUAGGCUCUGCUUGUGGGAUCAGCAGAGGCUUAAGAUGGGAUACAUGGUCUGUGCAGUGAGGGGACCUGGGUCCUUUGCUUCUGAGAAUGCUCGACUGAAAGGCCUUCCCAUCCCCAAGCUCUCCAGUCAACACAGGGCUCCCUGUAGUGACACCAGUGGAGACGAGGGAAUGGGUAGAUGGUGUGAGUGAGGGGAACUUUUAGAGUGGAACUGGGCAUGUUCUCCCCCUAUCCCCCGAGCCUGUAUUUAUUUUUGUAUAAUUCUCUGGAUGAGGGAGAGUGGUCGUGAGCUGGUCUUGGGGCACAAUUACCCAGAGAUAUAUUUAUUAACAGCCAACCUGUGCAACCUGCUGGAGCUUUAUUUUUAAUUUAAUUUAUAUAGAGUACCUAUUAUUAUAUGCCACAAUAGAGCUCUAUGAGAAACAGUGUCUUGCGGUGUAGUGUUCUCCUGUUUGGGCAUGAGUGUGCAGGGUGGUCACUUUCUGUGGGAGGAUCACAGUGGGGAGUUAGGGGUGGGACGUGGUCGCCUGCUGCUGCUUCAACAUGUCUGUCCUUGAAGAUCUGUGUCUCCUCACGUCAUGGUCCUAAUCCAUAUGGUUCUUUGUCUUUUCCACAUUCUGCCUGUGGGACCCUACAGGUGUGUAUUUGGAUGGUGGUGGUGGGAGCCAGGGAGGAAGAGUGGCAGCCACAUGAGGGUUUGGUGUCAGUCACAUGGUUGCAGUGGUAGCUGUGGUCUCCUGUGGAUGUGGGGACAUCAGUUGUGAAUCAGCCACAAGGUUUUGACGUUACUGAAAAAACAGCCUUUGACACCAGCAGGGAGACCCCUUAGUCCCCUAGAUAAGGAAAGCCUCAGAAAGGAAAGAGGAGUUAAUGUACUGCAGUACUUUGUAGCACAGUUGCUGUCCACAGACAUCACAUUUCUACUAAAAACAGGAAGCCCAGAAGCUUUGAAAGAAAGAUAUAUAUUUAUUGCAUGCAAAUAAAAAACUGCUCAACAAAAUAAAA